CAUUAGCCAGCUGACAGCUAACUCAAGCUAACAGUUAAAAUGACCGACUGUAGAAUCAGUGAAGACGGUUCUUCACUGACCAAGGCCGUGGAGGACGUCAGUCAGCACAGCUUCACGCAGACCAAGGCUCUGAAGGAGAAACAGAAAACCCUCAACUCCCUGCAGGCUACUCUUUCAGAUGUUGAGAAGAAGGCCGAGAUGGCAGAGCAGGAGCUGAGAUCUAAGGUGAGGGACUCCCUGGUGCUGGAGGGCAACGUGGAGCACCUGCAGCGGCAGACAAAAGUCCUUCAGGAUCGUUGUGUGUCCAUCAACAAGGAAAACACACAACUCCACGUUCGCAUAUGUGAGGAGGAAGAGAACGCUUGCACGACGCUGGCAGGGUUCGACACCUACCGACAAAAGAUGGAGGGUCACGCAGCCGCUGUUUUGCGUGUGGCGAGCCAGACGGAGGCCUUUAAAGAGCUGGAGGAGAAGAGAGCGCUGGUCAGGAGGCUGACCCAGAAGAAAGAGGAGCUGAGGGAAGAUCUGGAGAGCUCUAAUGGAAACACAGCACAUCUGGCAAAGGGAGAGAUUAAGGCUCUGAAGGGCGAGGUCUAUUUGAUGAGGCAAAUCGUAGCUGAGCAGAGAGAGCGACUGCAGAAGGAGUUUGAGACUCACACCCGGAUGAAGAAAGACAUAGAGAUCCAGAACAGGCGUUACGAAGCCAUCGUCAAGCGCCUCCACUGCCAGCUGAGCAGGGCCCAGUCUGCCCACAGGCAAAUGUGUGACGAUAUCUACCACAUGGAGAGGCAGCUGGCUGAGCUCAAGAAGCAGUCCUCACAGGGCACCGGGGCCAGUUAACUGUAGUGUCGGCUUGUCUAAUUUGAAUUUGCUUUACGCAAGGUUAUUAUAAUUGUCUUCUUAUCAGAUCCAAUAUUACCAAUUGUUAUUCAUAUUCAGUUUCUGAUUAAGAAUGGUUACCGUUGCAAAUUUUGAACAGCAGGGGUCAGCAGUGUCAACUAAAUACCUCUGUCUGUUUAACUUCAUCACAAUACCCUCAUCUAAUCUGCUACAGACUGGCAGUUUGAUACCAGAUAAUAACAUAAAGGUUCAAGCUGCAUAUGUUCCAAUAAACGCACAAGUUGGAAAACUAUACAAGUGUUAAAAUG